GCGCGGCACCGUGGACCGAGCAUGCGCGGUUGCCAAACGAGGAGUAGUUCCGUGUUCACGGUGGAACUGUUUUGUUUGUUGGUGACGAACAUCAGAAUCUGGAAACACCUAUCAACAGCAUUGCUGACCGAUUGAACAGGGAAGUAGAUCCAAUAUGUCACAAGGUGGGAGAUUGGAUGGAGAUCCAGAUACCAUAAUCACUAAGUUCUUGGCAGUGUGUAAGAGCUACCACUUAUUCCAGUUGACGAAGUUCUACUGGCACAGACUUGAACAGGCAAUUCAAGAAGAGGUGGAUGGUGUCAGCUCAUUGUUAAAAGAUAAGAAGCAUUUCAAUGAAAAAGAACAUUUGGCAAUCACUGAGCUCGUGGAGAAGGGAAACCAGGCAGACAGUUCCAAACUGCUGCUAAAUCUGGUGAUGGAGAAAGACCCUCAGGCCCAAAGGGUGAUGUGGAUGUCCUUUGUGAAAAAGCGCCAUGCCUCGCCAAAGUUGGAUGAAAUACUGAAAGAAAUAGAGGGACAUGGUCUUGAUCAAUUUAAUUACAUGGAUAUGGUCCGAAAUUUAUCUGAAAUACCCAGUCAUCUGAAAGGUGUUCAACAGAAACACAAGGAGACAUUGCGGGUCCAAACUGAAAAACUGAGAGUGAACACUAUCCUAAUAAAGGAGAAGGUGAAGAUUUUCCAGCUGGUUGACCAAUACACUGAGCUAGCAGUUAUUUCUCCUGUUCGAGGUCGGACACUUGUAGAAGGUGAACUGCUAGCAAGAGGCCGAGACCAUGAAGAGCAGAGAGAGAAACUUCUCCGAACUGAACUGGAAAAAACCCAAGUUGAUCAGUUGUUCCAAUGCAACAUUUCCAGGGGAAAGUCCAAACCUGGGAUUUCAGCAGUAAUAAGUGGAGUCCCAGGGAUUGGAAAAUCAACAAUGGUACAAAAAAUGGUUUAUGACUGGGCCACUGGGAAAAUAUACCCAGGUUUCCAAUUUGCAUUCAUUUUUAAAUUCCGAGAUUUGAAUGCUCUUAAUUGUCGGAUAAACCUGAGGAAUCUGAUAUUGGAUCAGUAUCCUUACUUUGGGAAUACUCUGGAAGAACUCUGGAAGAACCCAGAGGGAUUGCUCUUCAUAUUUGAUGGUUUGGAUGAAUUCAAGGACAGUAUUGAUUUUUCUGACAGUCGGAGAGAUACAGAACCUCAGUUCAUGUGCACUGAUCCUGAAUGCUGGUGUGAAGUGUCUGACAUUGUGUACAGUUUAAUCCAGCACAAGCUGCUCCCUGGAUGUUCAGUGCUAGUGACCAGCCGUCCCACUGGAUUGCAUUUAUUGGAAAAGGCUGAGAUCAGUAUCUGGGCUGAAGUCCUGGGAUUUGUUCGUGAUAAACGGAAGGAAUAUUUCAACAGGUUUUUUGAGGAUCAGACAGUGUCAGCAGCUGUUUACAAAUACGUGGAGGAGAAUGAGAUCCUGUACACCAUGUGCUACAACCCUUCGUACUGCUGGAUCCUCGGUCUGUCACUGGGUCCCUUCUUCACACAAAGGGACAGGAAACAGCAGCAGGUUCCCAAGACCAUCACCCAACUGUAUUCCUACUACAUUUACAACAUUCUGAAAAACCACAGCCGUCCGAUUGAAAAUCCCCGUGAUGUGUUUCUGAAGCUUGGUGAGAUGGCCUUCACUGGCAUCUCUGAGAAGAAGAUUGUGUUUAGAACUGGAGACUUGAUUCAGCACAGUCUGCAACCUUCCCAGUUCCUGUCUGGAUGUAUGAUGGAACUUUUGGAGAGAGAUUAUUCUGCACAGAUUGUGUGCCACACAUUCCCACAUCUCACCAUCCAAGAAUUUGUAGCGGCCCUUGCCCAAUUCCUGACUCCUGAUCCCAGGGACAUUCAGAAAUUGCUCACUGAGGCCUAUAGUAAGGAAGAUGGACAAUUUGAAAUUUUCAUCCGUUUUGUUGUGGGCCUCUCCUCCCCACAGUCAGCUUAUCCUCUGGAAGAGUUUCUGUGUCCGUUUCUUCAUCAGACAGUCUGUCAUGUCGUUGAUUGGGUGAAUGACAUUGUUAAAGGACAGAUUGGAAACACUAAGACUAUAACUGGUAAAAGAAACCUCCUGAAUACAUUGCACUACCUGUUUGAGUCUCAGAAUAAAUCACUCACACGGAACUCAGUGAAAGAUGUGGAAAUAUUUUCAUUAAGUGACUGGAGACUGACCCCAAUAGACUGUGUAGUCCUCUGUUUUGUCAUUGAAUUCUGUGAAUCAAUCAAAGAGCUUGAUCUUGAGAAUUGCUACAUUCAGUACGAAGGACUGCAGCGAUUGGGACCCAUACUUCACAAAUGCCGAGAGCUGAGGCUGGGGAGUAACAAAGUGGGAGAUUUAGGAGUGAAGCUAUUGUCUGAGGUUCUGAGGAAUCUGGACUGUAAACUGCAGCAACUCGGUCUCAACAAUAACAUGCUCACAGAUUCUUGUGCCGACGAUCUCAGCUCCAUUCUAAGUACAAGUCGCUCACUGACUGUUGUGAACCUGAAUGAUAAUAAAUUGGGAGAUUCAGGAAUGAAACUGCUGUCAGCAGCUCUGAGGAACCUGAACUGUAAAUUACAGAAAGUGGGGCUUCGUGACAACAAUCUCUCAGAAUCUUGUGCUGAGGAUCUCGCCGCAAUACUCAACACAAACCAGUCACUGAUAGAACUAAACCUCGGAAAUAACAAGGUGAAACAUUUAGGAGUGAAACGACUGUCAUUGGCUCUGAUGAAUCCUCAUUGCAACCUACAGAAGCUAUUGCUGUACAGAAAUGGUCUGACAAAAUCUUGUGUUCAGGUUCUCAGCUCUGCCCUUAGUACAAACCAGUCUUUAAUAGAACUGAACAUGAAUAAUAACAAUUUGGGAGAUUCAGGGAUGAAACUACUGUGUGCGGUUCUGGGGAACUCGGACUGCAAACUACAGAAACUGCAUUUGUGUGAUGUCAAUCUCUCAGAUUCUUGUGCUCAGGAGCUCUCCACUGUUGUCGGUACAAACCAGUCAUUGAAAGUUCUGGAUCUGGGAUCGAAUUCCUUCACAGACCAAUUUGUCCCCGCUGUCAUCCGUCUCAUACAGACCUGCAGAUGUUUGGAACUGAUUGAGCUGUGGGGGAAUCGGUUCAGUCCAAAUGGAAAGAGGCAUCUAAAGUCACUGCAGGAAUCUAGAGGUGGACUGACUGUUUCGUUCGGUGAAUCUUUCAGUGUUAUGGACCGGCCUGACAAUGACUACUAAUCUCUCCGCGGCCCCCUCAAAAUAUCUUAAGAAGUUUGUGGCAGCAAAUGACCGCAAAUCGGUCAAAGGUGAAAAUAACGGUGAAUCAGACAGAAGAGUCUGUAGGCGCACGGUGCAACACAUUGGUGACUCUACACACACGGGUGAGGUACAGGAAACAACGUGGAGAACAAUAAUAAACAGUCUUGCACACAGUUACAUCAGUAGUAAGGAACAAUAGAUCUGCCAUUGCCAUGGCCACCAGGUAGCAAUUGGUGCAGCUGGAGAGCGCACACUUCCUGCGGGAUGCAAUCGCAAUUGCCACCAAAUUAACUGAAAGAGCAGGAAGUAAAAAAUGACUGGGAAUUAAUGACUAACAGGUGGCAUGCUGAGAACUCACUACCAGUGCCAGAGGUCAUAUCACAACCCCGAUGGCCAUAUACGUGUCGUAUGUAAUGUGAAAAUGUGAUCUACUGAACAGAUGCGAGCAAGAGAUGGAUAUAAGGAAGUGCCUGCGAAUAUUUCUGAAGCACUGGAAUGGACAGUAGUGUGACCAGGGUAAAGGAAAAGGGAUUUGGCAGGGAACAAGAUAGAUGUGGGAGUUGGUGAGCUUAUACAUGACUUAUACAAGGAGGUGAUCACCUGAAAUGGAAUUGGAGAAAUUGAAGGUCAUAAGUACCAAAGAAGGCCAAUGAAUAAAGGGAGGUGGCAGAAGCUGAAAACAAAGUCAAGUAAGUUAAUCCACAUUGAGCUGAUCGAAGGGAAUAUUGCAAAGAUAGUCAUCACAGUACCAGUUGUAGCAAGGUAGCUGAAUAAGACAAACGCACAAAGGCAGCAACACCAGGACUCCGAGAGGUUCCCACACCAAUACAUUUAAGUGGGGAUGCCCAAGUGUCUACAACAAGCACCUACACAAACAUCCCUUACUACAGUGUCCCUGCACACAGACUAGGAACAAGAACAAUGGUGUUACACAUUUCCAGACCAGAGCCAUUGUUUAAGAGAGGAAUUCCAGCAGGAAUUUGUCAAUGACCCAAAACCAAACAAGUCCAAACGGGGUUCUGGGUCCAAUAGGAGAUGGUUGAGAGAAGCUGACAGGGUUAGGGACUGAUGAAUCCUGUCAGGGAAGACCCCAAGCAUUGAUUAUUUUAUUAAAUGCCAUUUGACUGGGCUUUGCACCUCUUUGGGGAAGACCAACGUGGACAAAAAAGUGAAUGAACUUCUUGAUGAUGGUUCCAAGCUCAGAGAGAGGUAAUUCACUUGGGAUGUGAGAGGCGACUGACCGAAUGAACUGAUGGAUAAUGGUUCAAAAACUGAAGAAGAGAAAACUUGCUUUGAAAAGAGGAGCUUAAUGGUUAAUUCAUAGUGAAUCAUUUCAUAACCAAUUAAAGAAAGCAGACAUUUUAAUAUUUCAUGUUAAUAUUAUCUCAGGAAUAUAUAAUAACGGAGGUGUUAUAACAUUAGGUAAGUGUUAUGAAGUUGGAGAUCUGUACUGUACCUUUUCAAAGAGUGAAUGCUGUUCUGAACUGAGAGAUUACAAGCACCUUUGCAUAUGACUAGGUGGCAGUCCCAGAAUGUACUGGAAAAUUUAAAGUAUGUAACUUCUGGCUGUGAAAUGGAUACCUGAGUUUUGGUUGCUGUUCUGACA